CCUGCCGCAACCAAGCCUUCCCAAGCCUUUCCAAAACAACCCCUCCAUCCUCCAAACAGCACCCGGUCAACACCACCACCCAAGCCAUGCGAUCCUCCUCCGACCCCCUCCUCACCACCGAAGCCCAGCUUCCUCCGGGCCAAAUCUACCUCGAUGACGAAGACUCACCCCGAGAGCCCCUCGUCGCGCGCUACCGGCGCUCCGCCCGUAACUUCCUCUCGUCGCGCUUCGGCCACUACCUCAUCCUCUUCCUCGUCUCGGUCGAUGUCGCCUGCGUGUUUGCGGAUUUCCUCAUCGAGUUGCAUGUCUGCGAGCUGGAGAAACGUUACUCGCAUGUACCUGCCAUAUGGGCAGAAUCCCAGGAAGGGCUCGAGAUCGUCGGACUGGUGUUUUCCUGUCUCUUCAUGGUUGAAUUGAUAGUCGCGGUGUUUAGUUUCGGAACAAGUUACUUUUCGUCCAAGUUUCAUGUCUUUGAUUCGCUUGUUAUUGUCGUUGCUUUUGGUAUUGAUGUCGCGAUGAGAGGGUUGGUUGAGGAAUUGGGAUCCUUGGUUGUGGUCUUACGGUUGUGGCGUGUGUUUAAGAUAAUUGAGGAGUUGGAAUCUGCGAGUGCAGAUUCUAUGGAAGAGUAUGAGCGGGAGAUUGAGAGGUUGAGGGAGGAGAAUGAUUACCUGAGGGAGAGGUUGGAAUUGGUAGAUGAGGAAUGAGCUCGUUCUGUAUAUAGUGGCUGCUUGGUGACGGUCAGGCGAGGGAAUGAGGGAACCGGGUGAUUCGGGUAUCCCGGAGGAGGUAUGACUUGGUAUAGUAGUAGAGUACAUAAGAGUAGAGUAUAACUAUAGGGCGAGCGAUGGAAGACUCUAAUGGUAUUAGAGUCUUGUGGGUGCGUUGAUCUAUUGGCCUAUGGCCAUGUAUUAAUCACAGAGCUCUUCGGUAUGAAUCUCAUUGGUUGGUAG